UCCUCUUCUCUCUCUUUCCCCCCUCCAAGGGAGGAUCCAAUUCUCUAAUAUUUCGCACCCUAGUUCCUGCUGCUCCCCUGGUGAAGGGCGCGCACAGCGGUGCGCGUUCCCCCCCAUCGUCAUUGACGCCAUGUCUAUGCUCAUUCCCUUUCACCUCCUCCUCUCCUCCUUGCUUUUUGUUUUUCAUUCUCGUUCUCAUGCAUAUGCAUAUGCAUCUCCCGACUCCGAAUCCCUUCUCAAAUUCAAAUCCUCCUUACGCAACGCCGACGCUUUGCAAAGCUGGGACGACAAUCCUAAUCCUCCAUGCACUGGCCAAACUGCCAACUGGGUCGGCAUUCUUUGCAAUAAGGGUGCCAUUUGGGGUCUUAAGCUCGAGAAUAUGGGACUCUCCGGCACCAUUGACAUUGAUUCUUUAAAAACCCUGCCCGAAUUCACCACCAUCAGCGUUAUGAACAAUAAUUUCGAUGGUCCCAUGCCCCAGUUGAACAAACUUCCUGAAUUGAGAUCCGCUUAUUUAUCCAACAACAAAUUUUCUGGAGAAAUUCCUCCCAAUGCCUUUGAUGGUUUGAUUCAGAUGAAGAAGUUGCAUCUCUCACAAAAUCAGUUUACGGGUCCAAUUCCGGCCUCCUUGGCCUCCUUGCCCAAGCUUACGGAGCUUAAACUUGACCGUAACCGCUUUUCCGGUCCUAUCCCCGACUUUAAACACCCCCCGCACAUGCUGGAUCUCUCGGGUAAUCAAUUGGAGGGUCCUAUACCACCAAGCCUUAGUAAGAUUGACAAAAAGAUGUUUGAAGGCAAUAAGGCUGUCUGUGGAGGACAAUUGGAGGCGUGUGAGACCCCUGCUGCUUCCAACUCCAGCUCAGGGUCCAGCUCCAGCUCGAAGAAGCCCCCAUUCUGGUUAAGUGUGAUCCUUGUUGUAGUUGGGGUGUUGAUAGUUGUGGGCAUAUGUGCAGUGAUGAUGAUGCAACAACCCAGAGGGAAGAAAACAGCAUCUCCAUCAUCAGUGGAGGCUCCACUAGCAAAAGUGGGAGCAAAAGGGUACAACAAGGAAGAAGAACAAGGGUCCGCAGGAAACUCAAGGAAUGGAAAGAAGGCCCAAGAGACGAAUGUUAAACUUACUUUCGUGAGGGAUGAUAGGCAGAAGUUUGAUUUGCCAGACUUGCUAAAAGCGUCGGCAGAGGUAUUGGGAAGUGGAUCGUUUGGUUCAUCAUUUAAGGCUGCUCUAUCAGUUGGGCCAGUGGUGGUGGUGAAGAGGUAUAAGCAGAUGAACAACGCUGGGAAAGAAGAGUUCCUUGAGCAUAUGAGGAGGAUAGGGAGGCUCACGCAUGCAAACUUGCUUCCUCUCGUCGCCUAUUACUAUAGGAAGGAGGAGAAGCUACUUGUCUCCGACUUCGUUAAAAACGGAAGCUUGUCGGUUCAUCUUCAUGGUCACAAAUCCUUGGGGCAGCCGGCGCUGGAUUGGCCAACUCGAUUGAAGAUUGUGAAAGGAGUAGCCAAGGGCCUGGCAUACCUGCACAAGGAGUUACCUAGUUUGAUUGUACCCCAUGGUCACCUCAAAUCCUCAAAUGUUCUCCUUAACGAAUCCUUCGAACCCCUCCUCACAGAUUACGGUCUGAUCCCCAUAAUCAACAAGGAAAGUGCCAAGAAGCUAAUGGUGGCUUACAAGUCACCGGAAUACGCGCAACAAGGGAAAAUCUCAAGAAAGAGCGACGUAUGGGCCCUCGGAAUAUUGAUAUUAGAGAUACUAACGGGAGUGUUCCCUGCAAACUUGAAGGGUAAAGAGAGUGAUGAACAGGAGGAUAUGGCGAAUUGGGUGAAAACCGUAGUUGGUGAUCAACAAACGGAGGUGUUCGACAAAGAGAUGGGAACAAUAAAAGACAGUGAUGGGGCAUUGAUGCAAGAGCUGUUGAAGAUAGGAUUGAGCUGCUGUGAAGAAGAUGAGGAGAAGAGAUUAGUUUUCAAAGAUGCUGUUGGGAGAAUCGAAGAACUAAACCUUCAAGGCCACGUCGUAACUGAAAUUGAGAUUUGAUGUUCAAAACAUUUU